UGAAGGCAAAUGGUAUUCCCGAUGAAAACAUAAUUGUCAUGCAUUACGACGAUAUCGCUAACAAUAGUCAAAACAAAUACCCGGGAAAGGUAUACAACGGGCCGACCGGUCAUAACGGCACUGAAGUAUAUAACGGCGUACCCAAGCAUUACACCGGCGAAGACGUUAACCCAGAGACUUUUCUGAAAGUAUUGGCUGGCGAUGAGGGGUUGAAAAAAGCGGGUAAAAAAGUGUUGGAAAGCGGACCAAAUGACCAUGUGUUUAUAUUUUUCGAUGACCAUGGUGCUCCCGAUUUGGUCGCCUUCCCCCACAAGUAUUUAUACGCUGAGCCGUUAAUGAAAACAUUGAAACAGAUGCACCAGGAUAAGAAAUACGCCAAACUUGUAUUUUAUAUUGAGGCUUGUGAAUCAGGUUCAAUGUUUUAUAAAUUACUACCCACCGAUAUUAAUAUAUACGCCACGACUGCGUCUAAGCCCGACGAGGGUAGCGAUUGGUGUUAUUGGGACGAGGAUAUUCAAAAUCAU